GAGCAACAGCAGAGCUGUUAAGACUUACAGGAACCGUCACCCGCUCGGUCACAGUAGAGCUUCAGGUGGUCCUCCUGUAUGGAGAUAAAGACCCUUUUUCCAGAAUCUUUGUGUGGGUCCAAGAUCAGUGCCCUGUUACGCACGCUGGGCCAGCUCAAGUUUUGAAAUCCACUCAGCGUCGUGCAGCACACGGCCGUGCACUCAGCUCCAGGACCCUUUCUAGAUGUUCGGCCUUUCAUCUUGGGUUCGAGUUCAGAGCUCUCAGCGCCGGUGAGUCCUCUCACCCACGAGAGGCAACAGAGAGCACAUCUGGUCCCUUUCCCUCUCGUCUCUAUGGCGGAAGUGAGUUGUCCCAAGCGAAACAACAACAAUCUCGCCGGUGGGAGUGAGUGGACUGAUCCAAGUGAGAAGGAAUCUUUCUUCUCAAGUCUUACAGUCCGAAGAACAAUCAGAAAAAAAUAGCACUCAAGUUACGGAGCAAUACGUGGGCGGGUGUGGCUUGGGCGAGUUUCCCGACGCGGUGCGCGGCUGCAAGGGUGUCGGGCGGGGCGGAACCGGGUCGCCCCCGCUGCUGUUGCGGAUGGUUCCUUCCGGUGCCGCCCUCCCAGCCCCGCGGUGUUUCCGGUCUCCGCUCCGCCCUGGCCUUGGGGUUGCUGGCCUGGCGGGAGGUCGUUGAUGUAGCUGGCCGGCGGCGGAUGCGCGUUCUAGGAGGGAGAGGACUGUCCUAACCGUGUGCGCGGCUCCUGAGGGAGGAGCGACGCGUCCCGACUCCCCGGACGGCUGAGCUUCGCAGGCAGCGACUCUGUGUCCCGGCGGAAUUUUGUGUGGAGCCCAGUAACUUGUUUUUGCCUUUAGUCUGUCCGGGAAGACCCAGCGUCAGUGCGCAGACUUCCUGAGGGAGGAGCAUUGGAGGCCGGGAGAUCCCAGUCUGAACGACCCGCGCUUCAGCCUCUACGCGCCUUGUCUCCAGCCCUGGCUGCAAGAUGAACUGUCGCUCUGAGGUGCUGGAGGUGUCAGUGGAGGGGCGGCAGGUGGAGGAGGCCAUGCUGGCUGUGCUUCACACAGUGCUUCUGCACCGCAGCACAGGCAAGUUCCACUACAAGAAGGAAGGCACUUACUCCAUUGGCACUGUGGGCAUCCAGGAUGUCGACUGUGACUUUAUUGAUUUCACCUAUGUUCGUGUCUCCUCUGAGGAGCUGGACCGGGCCCUACGCAAGGUUGUUGGGGAAUUCAAGGAUGCACUGCGGAACUCAGGUGGUGAUGGACUGGGCCAGAUAUCCUUGGAGUUUUAUCAGAAGAAGAAGUCUCGCUGGCCUUUCUCAGAUGAGUGUAUCCCUUGGGAGGUGUGGACAGUCAAAGUACACGUGGUAGCUCUGGCCACAGAGCAGGAGCGGCAGAUCUGCCGGGAGAAGGUGGGCGAGAAGCUCUGUGAGAAGAUCAUCAACAUUGUGGAGGUGAUGAACCGGCACGAGUACCUGCCCAAGAUGCCCACGCAAUCCGAGGUGGACAAUGUGUUUGACACAAGCUUGCGGGAUGUGCAGCCCUACCUCUACAAGAUCUCCUUUCAGAUCACUGAUGCCCUGGGCACCUCAGUCACUACCACCAUGCGUAGACUUAUCAAAGACACCCUUGCACUGUAGGCCUUGUAGGAGAGGACCUUUGGAACUCCUUGAUAGCUCUGGGAAUUUGUACUGUUGGGCUCUUGGGGCUGUGGAACCUGCUCUAGGUGCUUGGUGAGACUUGGAAGAGACAGCCUUUGGUGUCCUUGUGGUUGCCAGCCUCUGCAGCUCCCUGUAACCUUUGUUGGUGGUCAGGUCCUGCAUACAGGCUCUCUACACCACUGAUGGGGUUCCCCUUCUAUCUACACUGUACAGAUCUACCAUAGGGGUAGCAAAUAAAGUUGCAACAUGAGUUUGGGCUUAA